AUGAAAAAGAAGGUUCUAUUGAUGGGAAAGAGUGGAAGUGGUAAAACUUCAAUGCGUUCUAUCAUUUUUGCCAAUUAUAUUGCUCGUGAUACAAUGCGUCUCGGAGCUACUAUUGAUGUAGAACACAGCCACGUUAAAUUUCUUGGAAAUUUAGUUUUAAAUUUGUGGGAUUGUGGUGGUCAAGAGGCAUUCAUGGAGACCUAUCUUGAAUCACAAAGAGAUCACAUUUUCCGUAAUGUAGAGGUUCUUAUAUAUGUUUUUGAUGUUGAAAGUAAAGAAUUGACUAAAGAUUUGGCUUAUUAUCAUGAUUGUUUGGAAGCAAUAAUGCAAAAUUCGAAGAAUGCCAAAAUAUUUUGUCUCAUUCACAAGAUGGAUUUAGUACCAGAAGAUCAAAGAGACAAAAUUUUCCGUAAAAAGGAACAAGAACUCAGACAAUUAUCAUCACCAAUGAAAGUAACUUGUUUCCGUACUUCAAUAUGGGAUGAAACACUCUACAAGGCUUGGAGUACUAUUGUUUAUAGUUUAAUUCCUAAUAUUCAAAGUAUUGAGGCAAACCUUGAUAAUUUUACAAAGAUUUGUGGAGCUGAUGAGGUAGUUUUAUUCGAAAGAGCUACAUUCCUUGUGAUAUCACAUAGUACAAGCCAUGAACAUCCAGACGUUCAUCGUUUUGAGAAAAUUUCAAAUAUUAUCAAACAAUUUAAAAUCAGUUGUUCAAAGGCACAAUCUCAAUUUCAAAGUAUGGAGGUAAAGAAUUCUCAAUUUUCUGCUUAUAUUGAAGGUUUUACACCAAACACAUAUAUUAUGGUUAUAUUGAGUGAUACAAGUAUACAGAGCGAGGCUGUUCAUAUGAAUAUUAGGGUUGCAAAGAAGCACUUUGAAAAGUAUUUGAAAGUUUCAACUACAGAGGGAGGUCAACAAAUUGCCUAUGAUCCUUCUUCCAAUGUUUUGUAA